AUGGACAAGGCCAAUAACAAUAGCAAGAUAACAACGCCAAUGAUGAGUACCAGUCGUCAAGGCGCCAUGUCUCUCCGAGGUAGCUCCUUCCAACAAGGCGUGGAUAAGGAGUCGCCAUCGUCACACGAUCCAACUCCGAGGAAGCCUCUGCAAGAAGGUUGGAUAGAGCAAGCUACUAGUACUGCUGUGGAUAUGGACCCAUCGAUUAUCUAUGAUAGAGGUUCUGGUACAAUUAUUAGUCGAGAAGAAGAGAGAGGAAAUGUUGAACCAGAUCUAGUCAUUGCGACUCAAUCCGCCCACGAUCCCUUGCUAUCCUCAGCAACAACACGAGAUAGGCGGAUGAAGAGUGAUAACGUCAAAGCGCACAAGAAAGCCUCCAAAGCACCCAAAGCAGCAACAGACACGCCAUUAAUAAUAUCCGAAGUCACAGAACCACCCACCACGGCUCCACCUGGUGAUACGACCAUGCCACCAGCCAAAAAAGAAGAACCGGUCGCAGAGGAUGAGACGUCCACGAAACCACCCGAAAAUCUGCCAACCAAGGAAACGCUGCCAACCAAGGAAACUCUUCCAACCAAGGAGACUCUGCCAGGCGAUCCCGAUGCCACUCCCUCGUCGACCACCAGUGCGCCUCCCAAACAGCCACUGGCGACGCCCGAGCCCGUGGAAACCAGUCCCCCCAAAAUUGCCGAUACUGAUUCCUCCUCCUGCAAUACACUGACAUGCAAAGGAUUGGAAUUGAUGAAUCAACAUCCAUUGCUCUACAUUAUUCUAUUCCUCCUGGUCACUUGCUUUUGCUGUUUGCGAUGCCGCAAACGACGUCCACAACGAGAUACACGAGGAGAAUACCGGGCCGUGGGACGCAUGCUCGCCAAUAACUUUGAUUCCGAACUCAGUGACGAUGAUAUCAAUUUCUACGAGGAAGAUUCCGGCGAUGAAGCCGAUGCCGUGGGAUGGAGCGGUAAAGGAUCGAUUGAACUGGGCAGUAUAGGAAGGGAAGCCAAUGGAGGUUUGACGUUGGAGGAAAUGAAUGGAUAA